AAGGUAGCGCCAAGUAACAUAAAUUGAUUCGUUUUUUGAGUAAAAGGAAUUGGAAAAGCUCAAUAUAAGAAUAUGUCUUUUGAAGCGGACUACGAAUACGCCUUGCAAUUGCAUAAUCUCUUGAACUCCUCUAGUCAGGAGAAGUGCAUUGACGACGAUAUUAAAUUUGUGGAUUUUAAAAAAUCUUCGCAAAAUAAACCAAAAAAAAAGCGCAUUAACCCGCGUUCAAACUUAGAUGCGGAUCAUAUAUAUCGGAUGCAAAAUUUAUGGCAUCCUCAGUGCGAAUUUUUAAAUCCAACACCGAACAUUGUCGCUCUUUUCAAUCACUUUGACAAUAAAUUUUUCCAAAAUCGUCUUAAAUGCGUCACUUUAGAAUGGGGUAAACGAAUGCACAGCUGUGCAGGUAUUUGUUAUUCGCGUAAAUAUUGUGAUGAUAAGGAUAUUACAAUACGUUUAAGCGAGCCCUUACUAGCAUUGAGGCAGCGCAAGGUUUUAAUUGAGACUAUGCUACAUGAAAUGAUUCAUGCUUAUUGCUUUGUUUUACAUAUCCGAGAAAGCAAUGGUGGACAUGGCCCUCAAUUCAAGAAGAUAAUGAGUGCUGUUAAUAAAGUAAGUGGCACCAACAUUACUGUGUACCACACGCUCCGUGAUGAGAUAAAAUCGUGCAACUUGUAUUGGUGGUGUUGUAAUGGCGUUUGCCAAGAACGGUCGCCGUUCUAUGGUCAUGUUAUACGUACAUCUAACGAUGCUCCCGGUCCUACUGACAUUUGGUGGGCUAAACAUCUAGAGGAAUGUGGUGGUACGCUCAUGAAAAUUAAAGGGCCUGCCGAAAAGCUUAGGCUGAAGAAAAUCAAAAAAUCAAAUAAAGAAAAGGAGAAAAGCUCCGACGAAAAUAAUGAAUCACCCGAAAACUUGACUUCAGAGUUAAAUAAUACAAAUGUACACCUUAUUAAUGCAGGUCGCAUAUCCAAAUCAAAUGACCUUGGUACAAUGUCGUUAGGUUUAACAGCAUCAGUUGCUAAAGCUUUUCCACCUACUUCAUAUCCAGGGUUGUCCUCUGAUCCGUUUAGCGUAUUAAUAAAUCGUCCCACCUCGGUACAAACGUUCAGUUCAUCAAGCGCGCCACGCGGUAAUUUGCAUAAUGUUGUCGGUCUUAAAGAUAUAGGCACUAGAUCAAAACCAUCAUUUUCCGAUUGGGGAAAAAGCGCUUCAUUAUCUCAAAAAAGUGACCAACGCUCUACUCCUGGAAAUCAUAUUGAUCGUCAGUUUUUACGCAGCGUGUGGGAGAAACGAUGGAAUGGUGGCAUUGAUAAUCGACAAAACCGUGCAGAUGACAACGGACCUACAGUUGACAUCAAACGUAAGCGCAUCUCAAAUGACGGUAGCCCUUCAGAUGUAAUUUGCACAUCCGUCGAAGGUCCGUCGUGUGCAAAGAAUCAAAAAGAUUGGAUUGCAAUUGAUGAAGAUGUUAUGGUGCAAGAUAAUAGUUCUGACGACGUUAUAAGUCUAUCGUCUGGCGAAGACAACGACGAUCAGGAUGAUGAGGAGUAUGAAAUAUAUAAAGCGACCAUAAAUCAAAAAAUGACGUUAGCGGAAAGGCAGAAGGUGAUAAAAAAAGAAAUAAUCGAUGAAUCCGUUGAUUUAUGCGAGGGUGACAUUGAGCUAAUUGACGAUGAAUUUGAUGAUAACUUUGAGCAGAGCUAUGAAAUAAUAGCUUCUAGCGAAUUACCCAACACUAGUGUUAUAGACAAAUACUUUAGCUCGAACAAUUUUUUAAGAGAAUUUCAAAAAGAUAAUGACUUGAUUGCGUCCGGAUCGAGAUUAAAUUCAAGUAACGAAAUUGUAACAUGCCCAAUUUGCGAAACAAAAAUGCCGCGAUGGCAAUUUGCUAAACAUCUCAACGGCUGUACCGGUAUAACUCUCAAAGUCCAGCCACGUAAACUGGCCUUUAAAAACUUAGCUACUGCAACUAAAGAAAAAAAGAGUGCACGCUUUUCCAGCAAGACAGCCAAAAAUAUAUUACGCAACGCUGGUUACUUAGAUAGCGAUCUAACUCAAACCGAUCUGCUUAGCAGCUUCGGUGAGGAAGCUGAACGUGAAUUCGAGAGUUCAGGUGUAGAUCCUUCAGAGAAUAAUACUAUAGAUCGUAGUUCGCCGCCGGAAGGCGAAGACAUUAAACAUUAUCGUCAACAGAGUAUUUACAAAACAACGCGACAGUGUCCAAUAUGAGCUCGAGAAAUAGAGAGAACCGACGUCAAUAACCAUUUGAUUAUAUGUGCACGCAAAGGAAAUAAAAAUUCUAGAUAAACAUAAUUUCGUCUGCAUCUCAUUUUCUAUUUGCUGGCUGCAUUUGCAAAAUCAUGCGAAAAACGUUUACUUACGCCUAUACUCUUACUUACUAUUUCCCAUAUUUAUUUGGUAUAAGAUUUCCGAGACAACGUCCUAAUGGCUCUAAAAAUAAUUAUAUACUAUAAUUUAGAUCAUUCUUUUCUUA